UGCAGAGCACGGGGCACCCCGGUCUCAAAAACAAAGCAGUCCUCCUCCUCCGGUGCAUUCGUCUCUGAGGAACACAGCUCAGCAGUCUCUCCUUGGCAUCUGUUCAUCAAUGCUUCUCCACCCGACCACCCAGGUACUACACAAAAUGGGCAUCCACAAUAAAAGAGGCAGACGUCAGUGCUGGAUGGUCCCAUCUCACCAGGUGACUGAAAAUCAACAACAGGAGGACAGUGACCUCAUCAAACCCAGAAAGCUGCCAAAUCCCGUCCUGGCUUCCCACCAACACAGAGCUCUCCAUCAAGAGCUGCUAUUCUGCCACAGACGAGGUGUACUGCCAAGAAAAAAGCCGGAGCUGCUGUGUGUCCUCGAACAAAAACAGAGACAGAAGAAAAAGCAGGAGCUGGCUCUCCACCCUCCCUCUGACUUGGAGGUGAAGCUACGUAUACGGCAGCAAAGAAUGCAAUUUUACGAGCUGGAGGAGAAGAAGAGGAGCGAAAGUCUGAAGAAUGUGCCAGAAUUUAUUCGUGUGAGACAAACACUGAAGCACAUCGCAAAUCCUUCCCUGUGACGAUUCGAGAAAAUCUGCACAUACCGUUAACGUGUAGUCCAGACAGAUUCUUGUUGAUACUGUAAAUUGAAAGGAACACGAUCCUUGAAUGAGAACUGUUUGUAUAUCAGAAAACAAUAAUCAAAAUGUAUCUGUGAUUAUUUUGAGAAUGAUGUUUAAGUGUGCCGACUCAUAUAAACUGCAGUAGUCAUGAGUUGCAGAAAGGGUCCUGCAAGCUUCACAGUGAAAAAAAUUCAAUUUUGCUACAUAUUACAUUUCAGAGGAAAAAAAAUAUAGAUCUUUUAAAAUGAAUGCAAUGGGUAAAGAUUUCAGCCACAACAAUAGAACCACUACUGCUGCCAGGUAAAGGACCACAGCCACAUUGAUCCUUUUGUUAUGAUGCAAAUGCAGCGUUUUGCUUACUUUGGGCAGACUUCAUGUGGUUACAUGCGGCUCAGGUUACUCUGACAUAUACCACCGCCGAACUUUGCAUUGUUGCAGACUGAGCACACAGUCUCUUUGCUUGGCACACGCUGACACAGCAGGAUGGCGAGAUGACGAGGACCACCACAGUAUAAGAACUUCUAAGGACCAGUUGAAGGACCACAACAAAAAGCCCAAGAUGUUGCCCCAGGCUCCAAAAUCCCCAGAUCCCAAUUUAACUGAGCAUCCUGGACAUGUGUCCUAUAUGCUGCUGCCACAGGACCUUCCCAGAAGUCCCGUGUCUCUAUAACAACAGAUCAACUUUAGUAGCAAGAGAGAGGGACGUGGCGUGUUGGCACAUCAGUUUUUUAGUAUUAAUAAAGCAGCAUUAUAUUAUUUAAUCUUAGCAGGACUUUGGCCUUUUGUAGAGUUUUCCCUUAUGAAUGCAUUUGACUGUAAUGUGCAGUAACCCCUUUAAACAACUGAUGUAAAAGAUUUACAUGACAAGAAUAUUUUUUUUCUUUUUUUAAUAAAACAUCCAGGGGCAGC